CCUGGGUGGGAUGCGGGUACUCCGGGUCACCCUUUUAGAGAGCUGCGCUGGGGGUACCCUCACAAAGCCGCCCUCAUCGUGUCCCACACCUUCCCUAUUAUUCGGGAUAUAUUUGGAUUUGGGUAUUCCCUGGAAUUGUCCCCCAGUUUUUCCUCAUCCUGGGGGUCCCCUCAAUUUCACCUAAUUCCCAGAACCCCCCAGAAUCCAUGGAUUCCCUCCUUUUCCUCUGCGCCCGCCGUGUCGCCGCCCAGCGCCCUCUUCCCGCCCUUCCUGCCGAUCUCUAUCACGUCCUUUUCCAAGCGGCAUUCCUGGAUGGAAGACCCCUGGUCCUGCACGAUUUGGUGGCCACUUGGCCUUUCCCGGUGCUGAAUAUGCAGCGGCUCGUGGGGCACCGGGAGCUGCUCCGGGAUCAUCCCUCCCAGGACUGUGUCGAGGCCGUCAUCCAGGCCGUGGUGGCGCAGCUCCGGCGGGAGCUGGAAGAGCCCGGGUGCGAUUUCAGCUUGCGUGUCCUGGACAUGACCGGACUCUCAGAUUCCGUGGCCGGCCGCACUACCACCGGCUUGAGCGUCUGGUGCAGCACCAAGGCUUUGGCCAAGGCUUGUGUGGAGGUGUCCAAGCACCAGCGGGAGUUCCAAAGGUGCAGAUCUAAGCGGCGCAAAGGUCCCUCCAGAGCCGCUGUGGCCACAGCCACUCCGCAGUCCCCGGGUGUGGAUGUCCAUGCCCACCUGUUUGUCGACAGGAGGUCCUACAGGAUCCUGCGCGAUGCGCUCCAGACCGGGGCCGCCAGCUCGCUGCACCUUAAGUGCCGUGAAUUCAAAGCGGUAGACAUUUCAGCCUCCGAGAUCGUGACUUUGUUGGAAUCUCUGGAUCCGUCCUGUCUGCGAAGGGUGGAACUGUGCUUCAACAAUUUGGGACUGACCGGGCUGUCGGUGAUCCUUCCUCACCUCUCGCGCUUCCCGGAGCUGCGCAGCCUCAAGGUCCGGUACAGCAACGUGGACGUGCGGCACCUGAUGCCAAAAUCGGCCAUGAGAAUCCGUUCUGUGGCCAGGCAGCUGGGAAUGCUGCCCAGCCUGCGGGAGCUCAACCUGGGAUCUUCACAGCUCUCCGGGAAUCUGCGCCAGAUCCUCUGUGAUAUCCAGGCUCCGUUGGAAAGCUUGGAAUUGGCCUUCUGCUCCCUCGUUCCCGCCGACCUCACCUUCCUCUCCCAAAGCAUCCACGCUCCGGCCCUCAAAAUGUUGGAUCUGAGCUUCAACAACAUCCUCCGAGGCCUCCUGGAGCCGCUCCAGCUGCUCCUGGAGGAAACCUCGGCCUCGCUGCUGUACCUGGAUCUCAGUCAUUGCCAUGUGGCCGACUCCCACCUGGCCGCGCUGCUCCCGACGCUCCUGCGCUGCUCCCGCCUGCGCUUCCUGGGACUCUACGGCAAUUCCCUGUCCACGGCCGCGAUCAAGGAUCUGCUCCAGAAAACCUUGGAGCUGCCGGAUCUCCACCUGGUCGUGUAUCCCGUCCCCGAGGAUUGCUACAAGCCGGACCAGCAGGAAUCCGGUUGGGAUUUUGUAGUGGAUAAGGAGCUUUUGGCAGCAACCACAGUGGAGAUUUCCCAAAUCUUGGAGAAUUCUGGGAGAACCGACAUCGUCUGGACUUACAAUCCCUGCGUUCAUGGAGUCCUGGACUAUUUCUCCUUGUGAUUUGAGAAAACCUUGGAGGCAGGAAAAGCUCAGAGCUUCAAUUGUGGAAGAGUGCUACCACCCCCCUCCUGAAAUCCAGACCUUUUACCACCAGAUCCUUCAAUUUUCCUUCAAUUUUCCUUCAAUUUUCCUUCAAUUUUCAUGCUUUUCUGCCUGGUUUAAUUUGUUUUCCGCCUCAUCCAAAUGUUUUUCUGCCCCAUCCUGAGAUUUUUUUUUUAUGGUUUUGUAACUUUUCUGCCAUGUUUUGAGGUUUUACAUACUCAUCCCAAUAAUUUCCCCUCAUAAUGAUAUUUUUCCCCUCAUCCCAGUAUUUUCCUGCCUCAUGCUGAUAUUUUUCCAUCCCAUUUCAUGAAUUUUUUUGCCAAUCUGAUGUUUUUUCCAUCAGGAUUGGCUUUGUACGGCCAAAUUCCAGGAGGCUCUGGGACUGGAUUCCACGGGAAGCUGCCAGGAGCUUCUCCCGUGUCUGACAUUCCCGUCGGGAACUACGACAAUGUCUCUGGAAUAGGAAUGAAGUUGGAAGAAACCAAUCAUAGCACAGCUGGAAUUCUGGAGCAGCAAUCUGGGAAAGGAACAACUCCAGAGAUGAUUCCGAGGUGCUGGAGUGGAAAUUCCCAAAAUUCCGUGGAGCAUCCAAAGGGAAGCUCAUCCUGGAGCUGCAUCUUGGGAGGGACCUGCGGAUCCAUGGAAAAAGGAGCAGAUUCCUGGCAGGAAUCCUAUGGAGGAAAAAACCUUUGCAGCAGGAUAUUCCCAAAGUAUUGACCCCUUGGAAAGGACCAUGUGGAAUUGUCUUCGGUGGGAAAGACACAUUGGAGAAAUCCAUGGAAAACUCUUGCUGGGGGAUGGAUUUGCAUUAGAAAAUGCAUCAAAAACUGACCUUGGGAUGGAUUCACAGA